AUGGAGCAAAGGCAGUCAGCACAGCUCGGUACGGCAAGACAACAAUGCGACCAGAGUGCAUACAGCACGGAUUGCACUGGAAAUUUGACACAGCACCAGAGAACUCGCACAGGAGAGAAACCCUUCAAGUGCACUGUGUGUGGGAAGGCCUUUGCAUGGCAAUCAGUUUUUCAGACCCACCAGAGAGCACACACAGGAGAGAAACCCUUCAAGUGCAGUGUGUGUGGGAAAGCGUUUGCACAUUCAUCUGCUCUAGUAAGACAUCAGAGAACACACACGGGAGAGAAACUCUUCAAGUGCACUGCGUGUGGGAAGGCAUUUUCACGGUCAUCUUCUCUUAAAGAACAUCAGAGAACACACACAGGAGAGAAACCCUGCAGGUGCAUUCUGUGCGGGAAGGCAUUUGCAAAGUCACAACAUCUUCAAAGACACCAGAGAACACACACGGGAGAGAAACCCUUCAAGUGCAGUGUGUGUGGGAAGGGAUUUUCACAGUCAUAUAUUCUUGUAACACACCAGAGAACGCACACGGGAGUGAAACCCUUCAGGUGCACAAUUUGCGGGAAGGCAUUUGCACAUUCAUCUGUUGUUCAGACCCACCAGAGAACACACACAGGGGAGAAACCCUUCAAGUGCACUGUGUGUGGGAAGGCAUUUUCACUGUCAUCUGUUCUUAAAAAACACAAGAGAACACACACAGGAGAGAAACCCUUCAAGUGCACUGCGUGUGGGAAGGCAUUUUCACAGUCAUCUACUCUUGUAAGACACCAGAGAACACACACAGGAGAGAAACCCUGCAGGUGCAUUCUGUGCGGGAAGGCGUUUGCACGGUCACAAUAUCUUCAAAGACACGAGAGAACACACACAGGAGAGAAACCCUUCAAGUGCAGUGUGUGUGGCAAAGCGUUUACACAUUCAUCUACUCUUGUAAGACACCAGAGAACACACACGGAAGAGAAACCCUUCAAGUGCACUGUGUGUGGGAAGGCAUUUUCACAGUCACAUGUUCUUAAAAAACACCAGAGAACACACACAGGCGAGAAACCCUUCAAGAGCAGUGUGUGUGGGAAGGCAUUUUCACAGUCAUCUUCUCUUAUAAAACACCAGAGAACACACACAGGAGAGAAACCCUUCAAGUGCAUUCUGUGCGGGAAGGCGUUUGCACGGUCACAACAUCUUCAAAGACACGAGAGAACACACACAGGAGAGAAACCCUUCAAGUGCAUUCUGUGCGGUAAGGCGUUUGCACGGUCACAACAUCUUCAAAGACACGAGAGAACACACACAGGAGAGAAACCUUUCAAGUGCAGUGUGUGUGGGAAAGCGUUUGCACAUUCAUCUACUCUUGUAAGACACCAGAGAACACACACGGGAGAGAAACCCUUCAAGUGCAGUGUGUGUGGGAAAGCGUUUGCACAUUCAUCUACUCUUGUAAGACACCAGAGAACACACACGGGAGAGAAACCCUUCAGGUGCACUUGCGGGAAGGCGUUUGCACAUUCAUAAAAUCUUCAUCUACACCAGAAAACGCAUAAGCAUCAGAAGAUCUGCAAGGAGUGGAGUCUGAAAUUGGCUUGUGAGCCCAUCCCUCGUGAAACAAGAACUGAAGGAAAAUCCCAGAUUUGA